AUGACUAAGAUUACUGAGACAUUAUUAGCAUUCUUUGCGUUAUCAGCAGUUUACUUUGCGUUAUAUUCGGGAGUGAUUCCAACAAGUGAAAAGGUUCAUGAUGAAAUUUUACCUUUCUUGCCUUGGUGGACAUUAGUUACAUUUGGUGCCUAUUCAUUAGGUACUUUAGGCUGGGGUGUCUUGACAUUCAAGGAUAAAGAAGAUAAAUAUAAAGAAUUAUUAAAUCAAAUUGACGAAGCUAAGUCAUUUUACAAACAAAAAGGAAUCGAUUUAGAUCAAUAA